GCGUCGUCCGAACGGAUGUUGUUUAUGAUCGACAUUUUCCUUUGGAAAUUAGAUGUGGACAUGAAGUUCUAAAUUUUGUUAAACUUAACUAUUAUUUUAUUGUUAUUGAAUAUAUUUUAUGAUGUUAAACCUUUUAAAAUAACCUCAGAAGUGUAAAAAGUGACUUAGACGUUCUGUGGACGAAUUAAACAUAAGUUUUUUUUUCUUCUGAAAUAUAGCGGGAAAUCUCCGUUGUGACGCGCACAAACGUUGAUAAUUUGCGGAGUCUACUGCUGAGGUGUCGUGAUAGGUUGUUAUGUGGUUAUCUUCACUCUGACAGUGGAACCGUGUUGUAUAUUUAGAAUUGACAAUGUCAGACGAAAUGGCGGUGGGUGAUAACGCUACAAGCGACGAGAAUAAAGUAAACAGGGACGAGACGGUGGCGGAGGAGGUCGAAGGUGGUGGUGAAGCUUGUCCACAGGCUGUGGAUGAACCUCCGACAGACACGGAUGAGGUUACGGCCCCAGUUGAUGAUAAACUGGACGCAGAUAGUCUAGAAGACAAAGAUACAGUUAAUACUGAAGAGAAAGAGAUAGAAGACAAAUCACAAGAAGAUGAGCAAGAUGGAGAAUCACGUGGGACUAAACGUCGUGCGUCAAUCGCGUUUAGUGAAGCAGGCGAUGAAGAAUUUAAAGGAUUCGAAGAGAUGAAGGAUCAAGAUUUGUCCAAAGAAUAUAGUCGUGUUUUGGAACGAUUAGAAGCAGAAGUACAAACAGCGAUUAAAGAUUUGAAGCCAAUCAAGAGUUUGAAAGCUACGAUAUCUCCAAUCAAAGCAAGUAAACGACCUCGCCAGGAUACAGAUGGAUCAAGACCAUCAUCAGCUUUAUCAACAAGGUCAGAUGGUGAAUGGUCAGAGCAGGCAGGCGCGUCCCCCGGUAUGCGCGGGCGUCGGUCAACAACAGAGAUGUCGUCGCCCCUACUACGUGUGCCUCUAGAACGAGGUUGGAGACGAGAACUGGUGUACCGAGCUGCACUGGACGCACAUUCUAGAAGGAAUGCUGAUAUUUACUAUUAUACCCCUCAAGGAAAGAAGUUACGAUCUAGUAGAGAGGUCGGAGAGAAUUUGUCGGGAACAGGGUUAACAUUAGAAAAUUUCUCAUUCUUCAAAGAGCCACUCGGUGUUGAUGAUCCAGAAAAGGAAAUAAUAAGAGAUGCGAAGUUAAUGCGUCGUGUGUGA